GAAGAGGAUGGGGAAGUGGUUUUAUUUCCUUCAUAUUGAAGUCAGAACGUUGUUCAAAGUUGGUAAAUAGCUGGCAGAGAGAGGGCCAAACACCAUCUCAACAGCAGAAGAAAACACAAGAUAAAAGCUCCCAAAGAAGAGGGACAUGAUGUGCUUUCUCACCAUUGCUGUGGUUCCCUAUGUGAUUUUCAUUUCAUUGCAAAUCCCUCAGACGAAAGGCAAGAUAUUAGUCCUCGACAUGGCUCCAGAUGCUUUUGAUGAUGCUUACACUGGCUGUGUGGAGGACAUGGAGCAUGUUGCCCCCAUCCUGUUUCAUAAAGAGAUGGCUCAGCACAAGCUGUUCAGAGAAUCAUGGCAGGCUGCCACAGCUUCUUUGAAAAGUUAUCAGAACCUCUCCCUGCCCCCAGGAUUUCAGAUCCAGCAUGCAGUAGCUAUCGUGGUCUAUACUAACUCAUCCAACCCCUUACAUCGGGAGCUCAACUCGGCUGUGAGGAAACAAGGCAGGUCUUUUGAGGUCUACAUGGAGCAUUUUCCCUUCAAGGCCUGGCAUUUCUACCUGACACGAGCCCUGCAGUUGCUGAGGGCUCCUGAGAGCUGUAAGGAGGACUCUCAGCAGACCGUAUUCCGAGGGGUGGGAAAUAUCCACUUUAAGCCCAAGAAACUUCAAGACAACAUCCGUCUUGGUCAAUUCUCCUCUACUUCCGAGGAGCAGCAGGUGGCCCAGAGAUUUGGCAAUGCUACCUUCUUUACCCUGAGCACAUGCUUUGGGGUCUCCAUCAAGAACUUCUCCGUCUUCCCUGAUGAGCGAGAAGUGCUCAUCCCACCCAAUGAGGUUUUCUCUGUAUCUAACUUUUCCCAGGAUGGAACCCGAAGUCUGGUGACUCUCAGAAGUCUCGGACAGACAUGUAGCAACUUCAACUGUGCCUACCUGAGAAAAGAGAAGAAUCAAAAUUGUGAGAUUAAAUCAGGAAAUAUUAAUAGCAUGAUCCUUGGGAAGAUGGCACCAUGGCUUUUUGUGGGAACUCAGCUUCUGCACCUCAGAAUUUUCUACUUGAAUUCUUCCUAA